AUGGCGGCGAAACAUGCGGCGCAAGACCUCUCAGAUGCGGCACUGGGAGGCCCAAUUGGCCUCAAGGAUGGCUACUUUGUCGAUAAUUACGGCCGCACGCUCACGCUGCACGGCCUCAACAUCUCGGGGGCAAGCAAGCUGCCGACGAAGCCCAACGGCCUGUCGCACCUCACCGAAGGCUUCUUUGAGCACCGGACCGUGACCUUCAUCGGCCGGCCGUUCCCCCUUGAAGACGCGCCGCUGCAUUUCCGACGGCUGCAGGCUUGGGGCUUGCCGCUGAUCCGUUUGCUCGUUACGUGGGAGUCGAUUGGACACUCCGGGCCGGACCCUGAGACGGACGUUGAUUUGGAGUAUAUUGAGUACCUGCGCAAGCUCAUCGAGAUCAUGCCCAAGUAUGGCAUCAAAUGCUUCAUCUGCGCUCAUCAGGAUGUGUGGAGCCGGUUCAGUGGCGGUAGCGGUGCCCCCGGUUGGACGUUUGAGGUUGCUGGGCUGGAUGUCGAGGCCUUUACCGAGACUGGUGCCGCGUAUGUGCAUGGGCAGGAUGAAUUGAAGAGGGCCACUGCGCCUGUCAAUGAAAAGGAGCCAAGCGGUCCGUUUGUCUGGCCCUCGGGGUACCAGAAGAUCGCGGCGUCGACAAUGGCGACAUUGUUCUGGGCAGGCGACGCUCUGGCGCCGAAGCUGCAAUGCCAGCGAUCGACAAAUGGCAAAGACGAGAGUGUGUCAGCUCAGGAGUUCCUUCAAAGUGCCUUUGUCGAAGCCUUUGGCCGGCUUGCAGACGAAGUCGGUGGUCUCGAAGCAUGCGUCGGAUUCGAGCCGUUGAAUGAGCCUCACCGAGGUCUCGUCAAUCUUCACGGGUUUGACGGGUGGAACUACGAUACGGACCUCCAUAUCGGAUAUUACCCUUCCUUGACUCAAGCACUCGCACUCGCAAGUGGCUACGCCCAAGAAGUCAACUACUACGUCAAGUCUUGGCCUUUCCCUACUCGGGUUUCGCACAAGACUCUCGUCGACCCCAAAAGAAGGUCUGCGUGGCUGACGGCCGAGCCGAGUGCAUCGAAACCACAAAAUUAUGGCCUUGGGCAAUGUGUAUGGCGCGCUCAUGGCGUCUGGGAAUGGGAUGAAGCGAAAAAGGGUCCAAAGGUACUACAACAAAGCUAUUUUGAGGUUGACCAUCGGCCGGGCCGUGAAGGCAAGCCGCUGGAAUGGUACCGAGACUUUUACGGUCCCUUCCUCAAGCGCUUCUCGGAACGCGUCUCACGAAAAUCUGCCCGCCAGUUUUGCUUCUUUGAACCGAUACCGAACGAGUUCGUGCCCCCAUGGGUUGGCCAGGAUGGCAAGGUGGGGGAAUCCGCACAGGGGCAGACGUACGCGACCAAGACAAUCAUUGAUACCCCAAGGCCAGAAAACCUCGUCUUUGCACCUCACUUUUACGACCUCAACGUGCUGUUCAGCAAGCAUCACUCCUGGAUGAGCGUCAACGUCCAAGGUCUCUCCAGGGGCAUGUUCAUCUUGAAGGCACUCUACUUUGGCGCCAAAGCACUCCGAAAAAACUAUCGCACCCAGCUUGCCAAUAUCCUCAAGUACGGGCAAAAGUCGCUGGGGACCCACGUGCCCGCUCUCAUCGGCGAGGUCGGCAUACCCUACGACAUCAACGGCGGCGAGGCGUUCAAGACGGGGCAGUAUGAUAAGCUGCGGGAGCUGAUGCACGCCCUAGUCUCCGCCAUGGAGGACAACAAGCUCGCCUUCACACUGUGGAACUACAACCCCGACAACCGGGUCGAGUACGGCGAUGGAUGGAACAAGGAAGACUUUUCUGUCGUUAACGGCGACACUGAAGCCAAGCCGGGCCAUAUACUUCCGGAUUAUGUUAAUGAAGCGCACGAGGGCGACGAGCUGUACCGCGGCGGGAGAGUCCUCGACGUGAUUAUCCGUCCUUACGCCGUCAAAAUCGCAGGCCGCCCUGUCCGCUCGGACUGGGAUCCUCGGACCCUUCACUACGAAUUCGAGUGGACUUCGGAGACUGAGGAUGAGCCCAAGGGCGGCGGCAGCGGCAGCAGCAGCAGCAGCAGCAGCAAGAGUCGGUCCGACACGUCACGAACGACGGAGGUGUUUGUGCCAAAGUACCACUACGCACAACGCAAUAUCGACAUCAAGGUCAGCGACGGAGAAUGGUCCUAUGAUCCUGACCUGGCGACGUUGUACGUGCGCCACGACAGGAGCAAGACUACGCACUGCUUGACGAUUGAUAUUACCAACAUACCGAGACAUCUGAUGGAGACUGUGGAGAGAAGGCGGCGCGCGUUUCCGCCGAGGUUUCCGUUUAAAUUCAUCUCGCCUAGCACCGAGCUUGCGAUUGAGGAGUUGAUGAUGCCGAUGCUGUUGCCUGGGCUUCUUGUCAUUUUGCUGGCUAUUGUGACUAUGUUUGUCUAG